AUGGCACCAAAUUCAGUUACAAUUGCAACUGACAAAGCUAAUGAUUUCAGUUUGUUACAAGUCCAUGAUUUGGAUUCUCCAAUCUUUCAAGAAAAGCAAAAAAAAUCAGCAAGUACAAAACAGUUUACAUGGGUUAUUCUCCUUAAACUCCACAAACUUGUAACAUGUUUAACAUGGUUAACAAACGGUCUCAAAUCAAUGUUUUCUUUGGUGAAAAAGAGAGUUUCAUUGUCUGAUAUAGCUGAUGAGAAUCCAAAGAACACAACGAGGUUAUACAGAUUCAUCAAGUUUUUUCUAGCUCUUUCAAUCCUUGCUUUGGUUGUUGAAAUCAUUGCUCAUUUCAAUCAAUGGAAUUUGCUUGUGUUUCAACCGUGGGAGUCUUUAGAUCGACUUGUGCUUUGCGUUGGAUGCUUCUGGAUCAAGUAUAAGAAGUUGAAACCUACGUUUGAUGAUGAUGUUUAUGAUGUUGAGGAUCCUUUGAGCUUUCCUAUGGUUCUUGUUCAGAUUCCAAUGUGUAAUGAGAGAGAGGUUUAUUCGCAAUCCAUUGGCGCUGCUUGUGAACUUGAUUGGCCAAAAGACAGAAUACUAGUUCAAGUCUUGGAUGAUUCAGAUGAUCCUAAUUUACAGAUGCUUAUCAAAGACGAGGUUUCAUCUUGGAAAGAAAAAGGCGUCAACAUUGUUUAUCGACAUAGAUUGAUUAGAACUGGUUAUAAAGCUGGAAAUCUUAAGUCAGCUAUGUCAUGUGACUAUGUCAAAGAUUAUGAAUUCGUCGCAAUAUUUGAUGCAGAUUUUCAGCCAAAUCCUGAUUACCUCAAACUAACCAUUCCUCAUUUCAAGGGAAAACCUGAGUUGGGAUUAGUACAAGCAAGAUGGUCAUACGUGAACAAAGACGAGAAUCUUCUGACGAGGCUUCAAAACAUCAACUUGUGUUUUCACUUUGAAGUUGAACAACAAGUGAAUGGUCAUUUCUUGAAUUUCUUUGGAUUCAACGGAACGGCCGGUGUUUGGAGGAUUGAGGCUUUGGAAGAUUCAGGAGGGUGGUUGGAGAGGACAACAGUCGAGGACAUGGAUAUAGCAGUAAGGGCACAUUUGAAUGGAUGGAAAUUUAUAUAUCUUAAUGAUGUUAAAGUUCUUUGUGAAUUACCUGAAUCUUAUGAAGCUUAUAAGAAACAACAACAUCGGUGGCAUUCUGGUCCUAUGCAACUUUUUAGGCUUUGUCUUCCUGCUGUUAUAUCUUCAAAGAUAUCAAUUUGGAAGAAGGCAAAUCUAAUAUUCUUGUUCUUCUUAUUGAGGAAACUUAUACUUCCCUUCUACUCAUUCACCUUAUUCUGCAUUAUUCUACCCUUAACAAUGUUCAUACCUGAAGCAGAACUACCUCUCUGGGUAAUAUGUUACGUCCCUAUCGUCAUGUCAUUCAUAAACAUCCUUCCAUCACCAAAAUCCGUCCCUUUCCUCGUCCCAUAUCUUCUUUUCGAGAACACAAUGUCGGUUACAAAGUUCAACGCAAUGGUUUCCGGAUUAUUUCAACUCGGAAGUGCUUACGAAUGGGUUGUGACAAAGAAAACAGGUAGAUCAUCCGAGUCUGAUUUGUUUGCGUUAGCCGAAAGAGAAUCAAAGUCUUCGAAUGAAGACAAGCUUCAUAGAAGACAUUCGGAAUCUGGUUUGGAGUUAUUAGGAAAACUUCAGAAAUCAGAAGUGAUUGUAAAGAAGAAGAGAAACAAACUCUAUAGGAAAGAAUUAGCACUUGCUUUUCUUUUACUCACUGCUUCUGCUAGAAGUCUUUUAUCAGAACAUGGUGUUCAUUUUUACUUUUUGCUUUUUCAAGGUUUGUCAUUUCUUGUAAUGGGUUUGGACUUGAUUGGUGAACAAGUUAGCUAA